UUUAUUUUUUUGACUAUAAUCCCUUCAAACAAUGAGCAAAUACGUCCAAAACUAGGGAUAUCAUUUAACAGCAUUUGGUAUCUUUCGUCGACGCAGUGUUGCACGCUUCUUCUCUCUUAUUGGGAAGAAGAGAGAGAAAGAAGCCGCGGAGGAGCAUAAAACCUACACAAGCCCCACUACAAAUCACUCUUCAACAGCCUCAAUUCCACGUUUUUCAUAUCGAAUUGGGGGAAGAGGUAGUCGGAGAAACAUACGAAAAUGGUAGAUUUUGCUAGGGUUCAGAAGGAAUUGCAGGACUGCAAUAAAGACUUCGAGGUUUCAGGGAUAAAGGUCAUACCUAAGGGUGAAACCAAUCUCGCCUUCUUGCUUGGUACAAUCCCUGGUCCUCUUGGUACACCUUAUGAAGGUGGCACCUUCAAGAUCGACAUUACUCUGCCUGAUGGUUACCCGUUUGAACCUCCCAAAAUGCGGUUUGCCACUAAAGUAUGGCACCCAAAUAUUAGCAGUCAAAGUGGUGCCAUAUGCCUUGAUAUCCUGAAAGACCAAUGGAGCCCAGCACUGACUUUGAAAACAGCACUGCUUUCUGUUCAAGCAUUAUUAUCUGCUCCCGAACCUGACGAUCCCCAGGAUGCUGUUGUAGCACAACAGUAUCUAAAAGACUACCAGACUUUUGUUGGGACGGCUCGUUACUGGACAGAGGCAUUUGCCAAAACAUCGUCUCUUGGUGUAGAGGAAAAGGUGCAGAAGCUUGUGGAGAUGGGAUUUGCUGAAGCUUUGGUGAGAAGUGCUCUCGAGAGUGUCGGUGGCGACGAGAACUUGGCUCUUGAAAAGCUCUGCUCCAGUUAGCAGAAUCUGCUGCCCUGAGUUGUGUUGAUCACUAGAUUUGAAUAUGGCAGCAGCAUGGUAUACAUAAAGGAGAUCCUACCUACUACACUCCAUGAAUACUUGUCCCCUUCUUCUUUCAAUGUCUAUAUCUUUUUUAUUUUUUCAAUCUUUUCCUUUUGUUUCUGCUCGAUCAUGACCAUUUUGACCCUUGAUUUAUCAAAUUUCUAUUCUCAACCAAA